ACAAGAUCUCCGCAGUCAUUGCUGAAAGACAAAAUUCUUUUAAAAACGAAGUAAAAUGUAAUAAAAGCGUGGAUUUACGGUUCAAUUUAUGUUGCGUGCUUAAAAUAGUUGCAAAUCAAACCAACUUUCAUUGAUCUGCGAAUAUUACAGUUUAAGGAAAGAUGGAAGACUAUCCGCAGGUGCAGAAUACCUCCAAUUCGCUUUUGCCGCCACAAGAAACAAUUUCGCAUGCACAAAAGAACAUUAUUAGUCCCAGUGUCAAUGGAGACCAACCAGUGCAUCCAUAUUACACCAACCCGAUAGUACCACCAUCGUCUACGACUACAUAUGGUUAUCCCGGUGAAUUUGUUCCUGGUACGGCCAAUGCCGCAACAGGAGAUUCAAGCGAUAGAACUUAUACCAGUGUUCUUGAAGGUUCUUUUCCACAGCCAUAUGCGUCACAUGUUCCGCAAGUGCCACACGAUGGUGACAGAGUGCCAUUGUCGCUAGAACAAAUGCAUAAUGCAUCGGUGCAUCCAAUGACCGUUGUGCCAUUUCCAUUACCAGUUGUAGAAUCCGAUGACUACUCCUUGAGCAAUAGCACAACAAUUGAGUCAGAAAUGGAUUUACCACUGGUUCCCAUAUUCACUGAGCUACAACCUGCAAAACAUAUAGUUGAUCCUUCGAAAAUAAUCAAUGAUAACAGCAUAAGUAAAAGUCCAGAAACUUUUGUUGAAUUGGCGACCGUCCCCUCGGUCUCAAAGCCAAUCACAGUUGUAGAACAACUUACGCCAGCUAGAUUGGAAUCUAGAGAGUCAUUCGCAGAAAAACAAGAUUUAGGAGCAAAAUCUUAUGAUACUUCAACAUCUAUGGAAAACGGAGCAUCUAAUCAUGAAACACCAUCAUCUUUACCGACAGGGUGUGAAGAAAAAACAUUGAUUUCAGCUACAGUUGAAGAAGAAUCUCUUCCUAAGCAAAGUAUUCUAGCUCCAGAAUCACCAGCGGAUGAUUGCAAUGGAAAAACUCCUGAUCCGGAUGAUGGAAAAGAACUUGUUCCCACCAAAACAGCAUCGCCUGUUGCAGAACCGGUUCCGCAAAACGAUAAUAAUGAAAAUGAAUGCGAAAAUGAACAUUCUCCCGUUUCACACUCGACACAAAAUGAGUCCAGCGACGUUUCAUGCUUGCUAAAAACUGCCGUAAUUGUGCAGGCUUCUUUGUUCGAGCAAACUGAUCCGGUGGAAGAUGUUAAGCCGAUCGUUGGUGGAUGUAUCGAUGACAUUGGUCGGGAGGAUGAGCCACAGGAAAUUCUAGCCCUUGUACCGGACCGACUGCUUCUCGAUGAAACAGAAGAGUGUCGGGAGUAUGACGCUCUGGAUGGAAUAGAAGCGGCAAAAAUAGAUCCAAUUGUUCCUCUAGAAGUGCCCAUUCUUAAAUCCACAAAAAUUAUUGACGAAAUUGCUCCUCCACGGGAGGAUGUUGGUUCGGAAGAUACAACCAUUGCGACGAAAUCAGAUAAUUUGAAUAAAUCGACGGCGCACAGUGACAUGGACGAAUAUCCUACUGGACAGGAGUUUUCUGAAUCCGAAGAGGAGGAAGCUUUUGAGCCUGACUGUGGUGAAAUGAUUGGGCUUUCGACGGAUGAUGAGAUUGAAUUGAGGCAGAGAAUGUGCGCUAACUCCGUACGUAGAUGUAAACCUAGCAAAAAGAGGUCAAGUGAAUCUCGCUCUGAAGAGGAUGUUUCUAUCGUUAAAAAGGAAAGGAAAGAUGUAAUCAGUACAAAGUACGAAUUCGAUGAAUCAUCUAACCUUCCUAUACCCCAACAAUCUCGACAUCGCAAGAAAAGGCGUAAAAUACAUACAAUUAGAAUCGUGGAUGUUAAGAAGGAAUUGCUGAAAAUUGAUGAUCAAUAUUCUGAGGAGUCCAUCGACAAGUCCGAGCAAGUUUCCAGUAGCAAUAAUGGAUCGAACGACUCUGGGUCGGGUUUGUCAUGCGAAGAAAUCGUAAGCGAUGACAACUUGCGUGACAUUCGCGAUACGAAAUCGAAACGCAGACGAUCCCGGAAUGAUGCCAGCGCGCGAGUGAAUAGUCGCGCGGCGAAAAAAGUAGAAGAAAUUGCAGGCCUCAAACUUCCUGCCCAUCAGCAACAGCAGCUACAAACCAUGGUGCUGAAAAGAAAGCAGACAACACGUGAUCGCUUCUACGAUCGCUCACAGGACAUCCCGAAUGAGAUUUAUUUUGAAAACAUGGAUGUACCUCUACAUAUCCUACACGACACAAGCAGCAGCUCUUCAGACGAAGAACCCGCGGUGGUAUCGAAACAUCGAAAAACAUCUGAUUACUACUCUUCUUCGAGAAAUCGACCUUCGUCGUCCUACACUGGACGGUACGAGACAGGCGCUCACCACUCAUUGCAAUCGAUGAAAAUGUUCCUUAAAACGGCUGGAUUUCGGCAUAUGCGGUAUCAAAAGCUGUGGGAAGGGUGCCACACCACUCAUGAGCGUGCCGAGGCAAUACUACGGUUUCUGCAGGACAAUGGCUUGCAGGGAGAGCCGACGGUUGAGAAGUGCCGCGAACUACGCAAGCAAAUUCAGCUCGAGAAUGAAGCGAAAGUCUUGGACGUUAGUGUCAUCAUAAACGCUGGCGAAGGACGAGUAACUAGACAAAGAACAAAAAUGUUGACUACUACUACCGCUCCGUCCAACAGCGAACAACAGAACAAAGUGGUGGAAACUAGGCAGCGGGAAGCACCUCAAGCAAGUGAAUCCAAUAUUGAGGAGGCAUCGCCCCAAGGUAAUAAUGAAAUUCAGGAUAAAGAAAUCGAACACCAAAAGGAAGGCCAACAAAGCACAUUACAACUGGAAAAUGAAUCAACCGAAUGUCAUAAUGAACAAGACAUUGGGCAAAAGGAAGGGGUUCAAGAAAGCAAUGUACAAACCGGAAUUGAAGAAGCGGAAUGCCACAGUGAGGAAAACAUUGAAAAAGACCAGCAGCAAAAGGUUCCAGAUGGUGAAGUUCCGCCGGUAUAUGAGCCGACUGAAAGUCACAGCGAGCAAAAUACUGAAAUUGGCCAGCAAUUAACGAAUGAAGAAAAGUCUUCACAACCCAGCAAUGAUUUAAUUGGAAGCCAUAACGAUCAAGAUAUUGAAAAAGAACAGGAGAAAGCUGAUCAAAUGCCGUUGCAAUUUGCAGAUGAACAAAUCAAGUCCCAUGCCAUCGAGCAAACGACUCAAGAAAUCGAACCGCAAUCGGGAAACGAACCAUCCGAAUGCCAUAAGGAACCGAAAAGAGCAUCUGAGAAUCAACAGAAGAAUCAGUCGGGAGGUUCUUCUCCAUGCCAUGAUGAAAAAACUUGUAUUAGCCUAGAGCAAGCAACAUCAACUGAAGAAACGGCAGCUGUUGUAUCACAUAAUGGAUUAGAUACUUCUGGUCAGGUAAAGGGAUAAGUGUAAUCCUUUCAAUUCUACCCAGUUCCAAAUUAUUUUUAUGUGGAUUUCAGUUUUGAACAGUAUUGGAGUAAUUUUUUAUUUUAAAAUUUAUAAUACUAAUUUUUCUCAUAGAGAAAGCAGAGUGUGUGUUCACAUUUUUGUGGUGGUUGAAUCAAAAUCAUGAUGGCAGCUUAGCAGUAAAAUGUAUUUUUAUUUUAUCAAUUAUUUUCAUAUCUCUAAAGCAUAGCUUCCCCAUAAACGCAUCACUGAUACAUGAAUAAUAAACAAUUAAGUGGAAUG